AUGCGACUUGGCACGAGCAAUAAUGUUGAUUCGGUGGUUUUGGCUGAUAGCGAGAAAGCUGUCAUCAUCGAUACUUCCACCUCUUUUAGGGUAGAGCGGCUUGAUACACCGAUUGAACGGAUUGAAAUACGGCUUAUGGAUGAGAAUGCCACACAACCGGUUGUUAUUGAUAUUCAGAAAUCAGUGCAAACAACACCAACAUCAACUGAUGAAGAAAGUGAUAAUUCAAUGAUUGAAACAAAUGGUUUAAAAGAAGGUAAUGGAAAUAAGAAGCGAAAAACGGACGAGCAAAAAUUAUCAUCAUUAGGUGGAUUUGAACUUAAAGUGGAACGAAAAGUAGAACAACAUAUUGUUCCACGAUCUGAUCGUCGUUGGGAUAAUCAUGAUCGAAUUAGCAUUUCACAUCCUGAAUAUGUUGAUGAUUUACCACCAAUUGAUAUCGAUGAUGAGGAUGAAGCAUCGUUUGAAGUGUUACCCGUUGAAAAGUGCUAUUUAAAUCGUGAAAAAUUAACACCGGAUAUUUUGAACGAUAUGGAUAGAGAUAAACGAAAUCUAUCACGAAUUCUCAGGCAGUAUAAUACACAACUUCGGGCAUACUGUAGUCCAGAACACGAAGCACGAGAUGAAGCUUUUAGGAAUUGUCCAUUAUGGAGAGAAGAAAAAAUGAUACAUUACUAUAAAUGGAUGCGAUUAUUGUAUUGUUCGGAUUAUAAUCUUUGGCCUAAUGCGCCUAAAAUUAAGCGUUCAUUUGGUGCUAAUUUGCCACUUUUCGAAAAACUUUAUGCAUUCAUGCCAAAAUGA